CCGCAAUUGUACAAGCAGACUAGUCUCGACUCUCAACGCCCCUCCUCCAUGCCUUCUUGAUCCCGAGCACCGCAGGCCAGGCAGACCAGCCCCGCCUUGCCGUCGCCGGAUUCGCCCGCGCGAUCUCAAUCCCCGCCUCCAUGCUGGCUUCGGCAAGGGGGUUCUGGGCGCGGCACCGCCGGAAGAUCCUCGUCUCCCUGGGCGUCGCCGGAGUGGGAUACGCCGCCUACCACUUCUACGACGCGCGACGCGCCCAGGUCGUGCGGGUCGAGCAGCUGCGCGCCAUGGAGGAGCAGGCCGCCGACGACUUCGUUAAGAACCACUUGCAUGCUUCCAUUUUGUUGUAGGCUCCAGGCACACUUUGAGAAGGUGAAGAGGAUUUGCGACACUACCACAUUGCCUUUGGCUAUGCAUCAUCUCAGUGAUAAGAUAACAAGCCAACUGGAUAUUUCAAAAUUGACUGACAAACUACGGCAAGCAAAGGUAGACUCAAGUGCACUGACACCAAAGGAGAAGUACGAAACCUGGGAGGAGAUUAAAAUUAAGAGUUUCGCAAAGAUAGUUUCUUCAAUGUGGGCAAUGACAUUGCUUAGCUUGUAUGUUAGAGUUCAGGUCACCAUAUUAGGCAGGCAUCUCUACUUAGAUUUUGCCCAAGGUACAAAUGGUCCACAGUUACAGGCAGAAUCUGACACCUUUAGUGAAAAUGGACACAGGAGCUUUCUUGCAAUGGCUGAUUAUCUUGUCACUGACAAAAUCACUGGAUUCCUAACGCAAAUGCAACGUGCAGCAACUGAAGUCCUUAAAGAGAAGCAACUGAAAGACCGUAUGAACAUGGACCAAGUAUUGCAGACAGUAUUACAAAUAUUGGACAUGUUCAUGGGCCUUUCUGAAGAUAACUCAUGGAUAAAUUAUCUUGUACCUGAGAAUCCCCCUGUUUAUGCACAGUUGAUGGCUGUGUCCAGUAGUGGCUUUGAUGAUUCAUCACUCCUAAACGAUUUCAGAAAGCUAGACCAACUAAUGUCUGAGACACGAAUAGUACUGGCAAGUGAUGAUUUCAGAAAUAUCAUGGAGAGGUCAUUGAGGAAGAUCGCGGGAGUGGUGGUAGAGGAUCUGGGUGUGCAGAUUGUAACUCCAGGAUCGGGAUUGCCCUUAGCAACGCUCUUGCCCAAAGUUGAUCAUCUGAGUUCCCCGUUGCUUGAGGAACCAAACAAGAACAAACACAUUCAGAUCAUCCGAAGUAUGCCGGAAGUGGAACUCUUCUACACAUUGCUCUACACAAACAUGCCACCAGAAACGUAAUCCGUACAUUGAUGUGAAAAGAACACUUGCUUCUGAAUUUUGGCUACAAAGAUCUGGUGGUAUAUGUGCAGGUUGAGCCGCCUGAAAUCAGGAAACUGAUAAACGUGGAGAGAUAUAGGUUGGCAUUUUCUGCCCUGUAUAUACUGAGAAUGAGAUAUUCCGUUGUUGCUAACAGGAACUGAGUAAGGUUCCUUCCAUUUGGAUUCUUUCUUGUUUUUUCAAGGUUCGGUUGUGCACGUCUAGGUAGAACCUCACGAAUCGGGUCUGCUAUUUUACUAUUUUUUGGGUGCUAUUUUACUAUAUUUUUUGGGAGCUUACACGCUGACAGAUGUUCCAGAUGUUUUACUGGCCACACAAGGUUAAUGUAAUUGUAUACAUUGUCAGUUGAAUCUUGUGUGUCGGGUGAAUGAA